AUGCUGAAGAGGCGAUCGGCGGAUAUUCUUCGAAUUCCCGUAUACCCUUCAAACGAGCCUUUGCAGAGCCGAUUUGACGAGGAUAUUCAUGAGCGGGUGAAAAGGUCUCCCAUCCCACAAGACGACGGUCUCGAUCCUCGGUCGAAAACUGCGAAACACAGGAAAAAAGGCUGUUAUGCAGCGACAACGAUGUACACUAUGACGAACACUCAAGUGUUACCAGGCGAUGGAGACAGUCUUCGAAUGAAAACAAUACGAAAUCGGGUGAAACCGAUCAGCGACGUGGGUGAUGAUGAAGAUAUGCUUGAGAUUGACAUCAAUUCUCCACCGCUUGUCUACAUAACAAAGAUUCAGAAAAGAGGAGAAGAGAUAAAGCAAGAUGACAAGGAGUUCAUAGAGAAGCCAAGGAAGAAAGGUAAAGGAAAAGGAAAGAAGAAAAAGAAGAAACUUCAACAGUCAUCUCCUGCUCCGAUUGAGGAAACUACAAAUGUGCCAAAGAAACAAAAGGGACAUCGAAAGAAGCAGAAUAAGUUGAACAAUCGUACAGGUACUUACUCUUUGCUGUAA